AUGGAGGAGACCGGCGGGCUGGACGACGCUGCAGCUCAGGGCGUGGCGCCUCCCGACCGCCUGGGGGCGCCGUACUCCGAGGCUUGGGGGUACUUCCACCUGGCCCCUGCACGCCCCGGGCAGGCGACGGGCCACUGGGCCACCUGCCGGCUGUGCGGGGAACAGGCGGCCGUGCAGCAGGGCGAGCGCGCCCUGGAACGGCGGCGGAGGGCGCUGCAGGCCGAGGAGCGCGCCCUGGCCCAGGCGCGGCGGGAGCUGCAGGCCGAGCGCGAGGCGCUGCUGCGCGAAAUGAGGUACCGCGAAUGCGCUGUGGGCCUGACCUCAGCCCCGCUGCAGACUCCGCUCAAAGAGGAACUGGACGGAGGGAGGGAUGACUAUAUCGUAACGAAGGUGCUCUUGUAG